AUGAAAAAGUUCUUUCGCAGUGCAUUCUCACCAAAAUAUUUGUUGGUAACUAACACAGUUUCUUGCACAUCUUUAUUGGCAGUUGGUGAUCUUCUACAACAAUAUCUUCAUGGAGAAUGGGACAUUAAAAAUGGAAAACCAUUCGAUGGUUGGAGAACUUUUCGCUUUUCCGUAUUGGGUGUCGUUAUUGGUCCUGCGAAUCAUUACUGGUUUAAGUUCCUAGAUUCUUAUUUUGUUCAUGGACGAAAAUCUGCAAUUGUUGCCAAAAAAGUUAUUUCUGAUCUCGCAAUUGCUCCGCUUGAUUGCGUAAUGAUGACCCCCACACAGGCAUUCAACUUUUGGGUAUUGCCUCCAGCUUUCAGAGUGGUUUACACUUGUGGUGUCCUGAUAAUAUACGACUGCAUUCUAUCCCACAUCAAGCAUAACGAGAAAUGA